AUGGACGAGCCGCCGCCACCUCCACCGUGCGAAGCCGAAGCGACCUACGAGCGCUUGGCUGCGCUGGCGCCGGUUUGUGGCUCUUGCCUGGAGCCGCUGGUCAGUGGCUUCGUGCAAGACCCCGGGUUCCGGCAGGAGCUCCAGGACUUCAUCUUGGCCAGGGCCCCCCACUUUUUAGUGCUCUGCGAGGAUGGUAGCCACCCGCUGGUCUGGAAAAUCUACCAUGACGAGUAUCGCGCCAUCUUCGAGCGGCAAAUGCAGCCGCCCGGCGAGAAGGCGCUGGAGUCAAUGGGAGGUUUGAGGACCAUUUUGCAGGCGCUGGGCUUGAGUGCUUUGGAGCUCACGGAUCUCUGCGCCUGGCUGCGGAGCUCCAACGGCCACGGCUUUCAGCUGGACGAUGGCAUCGGCGCCUUCCUGGAAGCCGUCACCGCCUGCGAGGAGUACGAGAACUUCCUCUCGGUGAUGUUUGCAGAGGUGGCGCGGCAGGCGGAUGACACCUUGGAGGUUCAAGUCCCAGCGCACCUGCAACCGGGCGAUGCCUUUGAGGUGGCGUACCUCGGUGUUUGCUACAACCUCCAAAUCCCUGAGUGCCAUGCGCCGGGUGACGUGCUCCGGGUGACGGUGAACAAACCCCACAAACUGGACGUGGUGUCGCUCUUCAACGUGCCUGACUCCUUCUAUGGCCUCGACUGA